ACUGAAAAGGUCCAACCAAUGUUUUUUACUUGCUUUAGUGGCUGUGGCUCCCUAAUUAAUUGCAGCUAUCUGUCUCCUAUCGAUGUGUGUGUGUACAUGUGUGUUGUGUGUGUGUGUUUCCUCUUUUCUCCCCAAACCGAACAUGAAAUAGUUUGUUGGGCUAUACUUUCUUUCUUCCUAUCGUCCCCCCUUCCUUCCUUCCUUCCUUCCUUCCCGUCCGGGCUCGCAGGCAGAGACAGGACAGAUUGAAACCCAGCUGUGUGCGUUGCCAUUUCCCCCCUCUCUGCUCGGUGAUGUUGGAUAUGGGAGAGCGCAAAGAGGUGAAAAUGAUUCCUAAAUCGUCGUUCAGUAUAAACAGUUUGGUGCCCGAGGCCGUGCAAAGCGACAACAACAACAACAACAGCAGCAGCCACCAGAACCACCACCACCACCACCAGAACCACCACAUCCAGAGCCACGUCCAGAACCACCGGGCCGGCGGCCCCGAGGAAGCCGAGCGCAAAGCUCCUCUCCCGGCCGCGCCGCAGCCGCAGAGCGACGCCAAGGCGGAUCCGAAGAGCGAGUCCGCGAGCCUGCAGGAGAGCUGCGCGGACGAGAAGGACAAACAGGAGGAGAAGAAGGACGGGAAAGACGCGGACGGAGGAAAGGACGGAGAGAAGAAGAGCGGCAAGUACGAAAAACCUCCUUUUAGCUACAACGCGCUGAUCAUGAUGGCGAUCCGGCAGAGCCCGGAGAAACGGCUCACCCUCAACGGCAUCUACGAGUUCAUCAUGAAGAACUUCCCGUACUACCGGGAGAACAAGCAGGGCUGGCAGAACUCCAUCCGGCACAACCUCAGCCUGAAUAAAUGCUUCGUGAAGGUUCCCCGGCACUACGACGACCCGGGCAAAGGGAACUACUGGAUGCUGGACCCGAGCAGCGACGACGUCUUCAUCGGGGGGACCACCGGGAAGCUGCGGCGGCGCUCCACCACGUCCCGGGCCAAGCUGGCCUUCAAGCGGGGCGCGCGGCUCACCUCCGGGCUCACCUUCAUGGACCGCGCCGGCUCCCUGUACUGGCCCAUGUCCCCCUUCCUGUCGCUGCACCACCCGCGCGCCAGCGGCGCCCUGGGCUACAACGGGACCUCUUCCGGGUACCCGGCGCACCCCAUGUCCUACAGCACCAUGCUGACGCAGAACAUGGGCAGCAACCACUCGUCGUUCCCGGCCUCCAACGGGCUGAGCAUGGACCGGCUGGUCGGCGGGGAUCUGCCCUACGCCACGCACCACCUGACGGCGGCGGCCCUGGCGGCCUCCGCGGUGCCCUGCGGCCUCUCCGUGCCUUGCUCCGGGGCCACUUACUCCCUGAAUCCGUGCUCUGUGAACCUGCUGGCCGGGCAGACCAGUUACUUUUUCCCCCACGUCCCGCACCCCUCCAUGAGCACGCAGUCCGGCGGCGGAUCCUUGCAGGCCGCCCGGGCUUCGGCCUCCAAUUCCCCGCAGGCUCCGUCCUCCUCGUCGCUGCCCUGUGACUCUCUGAGGCCGGCGCUGUCCGGCUCCCUGCCGGCCUUCUCCUCGGGACUGUCCGGGGGUUUGUCUGACUAUUUUACGCAUCACAACCAGGGCUCGACCUCCAACCCGCUUAUACACUAACCUCACCUCUUCAUUCAUCCCUCCAUCCAUCCAUCCAUCCCCCCCACACACCCCCCUGAAGGAAACCAUAAAAUGACUGGAACUGUAAGUUGAACAUUUUCCACGUGAACAUUUUAGCCUACAUUGUAAAAAAACAAAAAAACAAAA